AUGAAAAGUGAUAUUGGCAUUACCUCAAGCUUUAUAGCUGAACUAUGGGCGUUGAGGGACGGUCUUAUGCUGUGUGUUGAUAGAAACUUCCCUGCUGUUGUGGUUGAAAUGGAUGCCAAAGUUAUUAUUGAAGUUUUGAAUAACCCCAACAACACUAAUUUAAUUAUCUCCUCCAUUGUGGAUGACUGCAGGAAGCUGGCUUCCAGAAUUCCCAGGAUUCAGUUUGAGCAUUGUUAUAGAGAAACUAAUAGGAGUGCAGACAUGCUAGCAAGGAUGGGCGCUAAUCAGUCCUCUUCUUUUAGUUUUCAUUCUAGUCCCCCAGAGGAUGUAAAACCUCUGUUAGAAUUUGACAUUUCUGAGUUGUAUUUAAACAGGCGCUAUCCUGUUCCCCUUGUAAAUUUCUAG